UUUAAUGGCAUGGAGAAAGAAGAGAUUCAUUUUAUACUUGCAACUUCUCUUCGGAAUCAAAAUCAAAAUCAAAAUUGGUUUCCAACUACCAAUGUUAUUUGUGUAGUUGGGAAUAGAGACUUCAGACCUGAUAUUGGUGUAUGGUUUCAACGACCAACGCGUUUACAAAGGCGUAUGCCUAUCAUCUAUGCAUGUCCACAUCCUAAUGUUUGGAUUGAA